AUGGCGGGUGCUGACAUGGACUUGGCCGCGUCCGAGUCAGGGAUCUUCCUGGACACCACCAGCUUCCGGCACUUCGCGCCCCUCCUGGAGGCCAGCCAGGCCUACGCCCAGCUCAGCGGCUGUCGCUUCCGGCUAGCCUCCUUUGGGCCUGGCCAUCCGCUGCCGGCACCCUCAGAGGGGCAGCCGUCACGAGACAAGAGCCUUCGCUUGGCUGCCAAAGUGCAGGCAGAGCCGCAGGUGCAAGUCUUCUCGGAGCGGCUCUUGGCCGGCGACCCACAGCUGACGGAAGAGUUGGACCGAGCCUUUCGCGUGGUCAUGGUCGAAGGCGUGCGCAACGCGAUGAUGGCGGCCUUCCAGCGCUUGGAGCUCUGGCCCCCGCGGCCGGCGCCCGAGGGCAUUGAGGAGGACGACUGCUGCUACGAGGAUGUGAAUUCGCCCUUGCCGGUCAUCGCCCAGCGGCUUUACAAUGAUGACGUCCGAAGGCUGAUGGCCGUGCCCUGCGACGGCGCCGCGUCGCCCUGGCAGCAGCGGGCGCUCACCGCGGCGUUCAUCGUGGACUUUGCUGAGGAGGUCGGGCUGCCGUGCCUGAGCAUGCCGCCCACCCAGCAGGAGAUGAUCGAAGAGUUCGCCUUGCGCGUGGAAGAGUACGAAGCGCAGCAGCGGGCGGAGUCGGCUGCGCUGGAUGCGAUCGAGGAUCCGAGCCCUCAGGCGCAGCUGGAGCCGGAGGCCAUGCCUUCGGAGGCGUCGGCACAGACAGCGUCCGCCUCGCUGCUCACAGCUGCGCAGCAGCUGCGGGAAGAGACGCGGAAGCUGAGGGAGCGUGGAGGCCUGUUUGUGCAGGAGAACAAGGCGGCGCUCGCGCUGGGCGCCGUGGGGCUCGUGGGCGGCGCCGUAGCGGCCCUGGCCGCCGGAGGUGCAAUCAUGGCCACGCGGCUGUCGCGGUCACAGGAUGAUGCCCGCCAGGAGGAUGACGAGGGUCUCGAGCGGAAGGCAGACACGGGACGAUGGCUGGUGGCCAGCCCAGUGGCAGUCACGUACAACGAGCUGGUUACCACAUACAAGAAGACCUACAAGAGGCGCGAGAUUGAGGAGUAUUGGGAGGCUUGCAAGCCAGCAAGGGCCAAGAAGUCGAAGGCAGCACCUGCUAAGGAGUCCAAGCCCUCGGCUAAGGUCCGCACUGGCAAGGAUGGAGGUGCCUCAGCUUUGGCCAAGUUGCGCUCGUUCAGCGGCUGCGUUUUGGCCGAGUAUGUUUGGUUGGAUGCCGAUGGCGUGACACGGUCCAAGACCAUGACCAUGACCGCCAGGCCUUUGAAGGUGACCGACCUGAAAGUGUGGAACUACGAUGGCAGCAGCACUGGACAGGCAGAUGGACACAAUUCGGAGGUGCUUUUGAAGCCAAGGGCGAUUUUCAACGAUCCUUUCCGUGGCUAUCCAAAUGUGAUGGUGCUUGCUGAUGCUUGGAACGCCUGGGAUGAUCAGCCAGCAAAGAACAACACUCGAGCCCCGUGUGCCGAGAUCAUGGACAUGUACCGCUCCUUGGAUCCUUGGUUCGGCAUCGAGCAAGAGUACACCCUGAUGAAACCGGGCAAGGUUGGCUUGAAGCCCACAGUUCCCUUGGGCUUCAACGCAGAUGGCAGUGAGCCAGCGCCACAAGGGCCGUACUACACAGGUGCUGGCUUCAAUGUGGCCAUCGGCCGUCCGGUGGCAGAUGAGCACUACAAGUUGUGCAUGGAGGCAGGUGUGAAGAUCUCAGGCAUCAAUGCAGAAGUGAUGCCUGGCCAGUGGGAGUUCCAGAUUGGCCCAUGCCGUGGCAUUGAGAUGGGAGAUCACCUGACGAUGGCUCGAUACAUCAUGCUGCGCGUGACAGAGAAGCACGACUGCGUUUGCUCUUUUGAGCCCAAGCCAGCAAAGGGUGACUGGAACGGUGCCGGAUGCCACACCAACUUCUCUGUCACACCUAUGCGAGUUGCCGGUGGCUAUGACACCAUCAUCAAGGUGUGCGAAGCAUUUGGCAAAGUCGCCAAGGAACACAUUGCCGAGUACGGGGAGGACAAUGACAAGCGCCUCACUGGCAAGCAUGAGACCUGUGACAUCAAUACUUUCAAGUACGGCGUGGCCAACCGCGGUGCCUCCAUCCGCAUCCCCCGGGAGGCCGAAAAGAGCGGCCGCGGGUACAUGGAGGACCGUCGACCGGGGGCGAAUUGCGACCCAUACCGAGUGACGAAGAUCAUCAUGAAGACCACUGGUGAGUGUCUGAGCGCUGAGACGAUCGAAGCAGGAGGCAAGACCCACACGGCCUUCGUCUUCAUCAAGCCCCACGCCAACAACGAGAAGGUCCAGACGUUGGUGAAGGAGAAAUUGACCAGCGAAGGCCUCACCAUCAAGUCUGAGGGCACCAUCAAGUCCACCGUCAUCGACGCUCGGCCGAACGCAUCGUCUUGGAAGGUCGGUGGCCAGGACAAGAAGAAGUUGAUCGACACCCACUACGGUGCCAUUGCGGCCAAGGCGGUGACGAUGAAGCCCAAGGACUUGACGGUCCAGGAGAAGUCGCAGGAGGAAUUUGAGAAGCAGUUCGGCGUGAAGUGGAGCAAAGUCAUGGAGGACGGACUGGUCUUCAACGCCAUGGACGGUGCGAAGAAGCUGGGCAUCACGGCCGAUGAGUUGGGCAAGAAGUACGAUGCGCUCAAGAAGGGGGAGGGCAUCAUCAAGUUCGGAGGCGGCUUCUACUGUGGAAAGGUGGAUGACAUCUAUGUCAUCAACGGCUUCUACAUGAACAUGCGCUCCAAGUUCACCGCACCGGGAACCAGUAUCUACUAUUAUGAGGUGGAGUGGCCCGUGGAGAAGAUGCCUUGGGCCGACUUCCGUGGGAAGCUGCUGGGCCCCACCGACCCUGCGAGCGCGCCGGAGGGCUCCCUGCGCCAGCAGAUCUACAGCAAGUGGUCCGACCUGGGUUUGAAAGCGCAGCCUGACACCGGCGACAACGGUGUGCACGCCUCGGCGAGCCCCUUCGAGGCGCUGGCCGAGCGCUGCAACUGGCUCCGGGCGUCCAUUUCAAAGGAUGCCUUCGGCAAGGGCCUGCUCGCCAGCGGCAUCCCCUUGCCCAUUUUGACCAAAGAAUGGUUCAACGAUCCUCAAGUGGACUUCGAGGGUGGAAAGAAGUCCUUGUUUGACCUCUUGGAGGAUUUGGACGCGGCGGCGUGCUUGAAGAAGUGCAAGGAGAUUGUCCGCUUGGAGGGCGGAAGUGGAGAGUUCGCCUUCAAGGAGGCGGGUGCCAGCUGCCCGGACGGCGGUGGUGUGGUGGAGGGCCUCGAUGAGCUCCUGGCCCAGACCUCUCCAGACCUUCCCCUGUCACGACGCCCCGCGCGCCGCAGCGGGCCCUCCGCCAUGACGAGCCCCGGGCUCGCCUCGCCGCGCAGCCCGCGCAGCCCGCGCAGCCCGAGCCCGCGGGCGCCGCCGGAGGUGAAGCCGCUCUUCUCGGCCUCCUCGGACCACAGGUGCCUCUCGCGUGCAGCGGCCGACGCGGGCGGGGAGGCGUGUGAUGAGCGCCAGCUGCUGCUGAUCAAGACGCGGGUCGCGUCGCAUAGGCUCUCCCAGUGCAAGGCCAAGCUCGGCUCCUGCGCAGCGCGUUUGGACCACCUCCAGCGCCAGAAACGCCCGAGGCGGCAAGACUUGCUCGAGGCCUCCAGGCUGCUGCUGGAGGUGGUGUUCCUCCUCACGGAGGCCGACCGAGAGCGGCGCGGGCGGGGCGACCGCUCGGAUGCUCGGACCAGGACACCUAGUCCAAGGAGGCCCUGCUCGCCGCACUUCGGCACUCCGGAGCUUGCCUCUUCGGCGGAACGAGUGGCUGGGCGACGUACUUGUCGCUGA